CACGUUUUUCAAAACGUUCGGUAUCACUGCAACCAACAGUCGAAUUAUCCAUAGUUUUAAAUUGUUACCUGAACAAUUUCAUCCUCAACAUGACAGACACCGUUGCUACAACUCCGGCUCCAGUCGCCGCAUCGCCGGCCGCGAAGAAGUCACCCGCCAAGAAGAAGUUGUCGGCUUCCAAAGUCAAGAAAACCGUCGCGUUGCACCCGACCACCGCCGUGAUGGUCACCUCGGCCAUCAAAGAGCUCAAGGAGAAGAAAGGUUCGUCGUUACCGGCCAUCAAGAAAUACUUGGCCGCCAACUACAAAGUCGAUCCCGCCAAGUUGGCGCCUUUCAUCAGGAAGUUCUUGAAAGCCGCCGUCGCCAACGGUACCGUCGUACAGACCAAGGGAACCGGCGCUUCGGGACACUUCAAGUUGCCCGUCGCCGAGGUCAAGCCGAAAAAGGCCGUUGUAGCCAAAAAGAAGAAAUCAAUCGUCAAAAAAGUCAAAGCCGCCGGAACGCCGAAGAAGAAGAAGCUCGUAGCCGCCAAGAAACCCGCGGCCGGUGAACCAGCAGCCAAAAAAGCGAAAAAGGCCGCUGCAACCAAACCCAAGGCGACUGCACCGAAGAAGGCCCCGGCCAAGGCGAAAAAGCCGACCGCUGUUAAACCUAAACCGAAGAAAACUCCAAUCAAGAAAACCGCAGCCCCCAAAAAGAAGUAGGGUGGUGGUAAAAUACUGUCCUCUUCCUUCCUUAAAACGGUCCUUUUCAGGACCA